CAAUCUGAUCCUUCAACUCUUCUUAUUGCUUCCAAACAACAUAUAAAAAAAUUGAAUUUCAAUACUCUUCACAGUGAGCUACUUACUCAAGUUGAUUAUGAGGAUCCUAAAAUUCGUUUUAAUGAUGGAAAAUGUGAUGCAAAAGGAAGACUUUGGGCAGGUACGAUGAUCCAUGAUUUGCUUGGCACAUUGCAUGGAAAAGGACAUCUGUUUAAAAUGGACAACACCUACAAAAUGACCCAAGUUCUCGAUGGAAUUUCUAUUUCUAAUGGACUGGCAUGGACUUCGAAUAACGAUACAAUGUACUACAUAGACUCAGACUGUCGAACAAUAUACGCCUAUGAUUAUAACUUGGAAGAAGGAACUGCGAGUAAUAGAAGAAUAUUAAUUGAUUACAACAAAGAAAAAGGUUUUGAGGAUCUUGAUCUUCCUGAUGGCAUGACAAUAGAUACAGAAAAUAAACUUUGGGUGUGCCAUUACGGAGGUGGAUGCGUUCUUCGGAUUGAUCCAGCAACAAAGGCUAUUUUAAAAAGAGUUGACAUACCAGCCAAACAUGUGACCUCCUGCUGUUUCGGCGGACCUAACUUGGAUAUUCUUUAUGUUACAACUGCAGCUCAAACGGAAGAGAUUCGAAAAAACUUUCCAGAAGCAGGAGCAGUAUUUGCUGUUACUGACCAUGGCUGCAGAGGUCUUCAACCAUAUGCCUUUAAUGAUUGACAAUAUAAUAAAUGUUUAUCUAUUAUCUAAAAUCAGAAGAAAAAUAUUUACUUAUUUGUGAUAUUACUGUAAAAAAUAUCCUCAUUGUAAAUAAUUAAAAUUACAAUGUCAUCAAGCAUUGAUAUUUUUAAUUAUAUUGAUACGCAUAGCAUGAUUAAUAUUGAUUCAUAUAGCGUGAUUGAUAUUGAUGCAUAUAGCGUGAUUGAUAUUGAUACAUGUAUUAUGAUUAACAUUGAUAGAUAUAGCAUGAAUAAAGAAUUGGAGAACUGAA